UGCCGGUGAAAUGUGAGUACCGCACAUCAGCUGCACUUGGUUCACUUCCGGGUGAGGAUCAUGGCGAAGGUGGAGAAGGAGCAGAAAUAUGACAGACAGCUCAGGUUGUGGGGGGACCACGGACAGGAAGCUCUGGAAUCGGCUCACGUGUGUCUUAUAAACGCCACGGCAACCGGAACCGAGAUCCUCAAAAACUUAGUGCUGCCGGGGAUCGGAUCCUUCACCAUUGUGGACGGGAAUGUGGUGAGAGGAGAAGAUGUCGGGAACAAUUUCUUCCUCACCACGAGUCGUAUCGGGAAGAGUCGGGCUGAGACGGCCAUGGAGCUUCUACAGGAGCUGAAUGAGGACGUGACGGGGAACUUCGUGUCUCAGCAUCCAGAACAACUUCUGGACACCGACCCGUCUUUCUUCAACAAAUUUACUUUAGUGAUCGGCACUCAGUUACCGGAGAGCACGUUGCUGUGUCUGGCGGAGACGCUGUGGAACGCCAAUAUCCCGCUUCUGAUUUGCCGGGCGUACGGCUUCAUAGGAUACAUGAGAAUUAUUGUCAAAGAACAUACCGUGAUAGAAUCUCAUCCUGAUAACGCUCUGGAGGACCUGAGGUUGGAUCAGCCCUUCUCUGAGCUCCGGGAACAUCUGCAGCUCUAUGACAUGGAUCACAUGGACAGGAAGGAUCAUUCGCACACGCCGUGGAUUGUCAUCGUCGCCAAGUUUUUGGAGAAAUGGCGCAGAGAGAACGCGGGACAGAUCCCCAAAUCAUACAAAGAUAAGGAAGCUUUCCGGGAUCUGAUCAGACAAGGAGUUCUAAAGAACGAGAAUGGAGUUCCGGAAGACGAGGAGAACUUUGAGGAAGCCGUGAAGAACGUCAACACGGCAUUGAACGUCACCAAAUGUCCCGGCCACAUCGAGGAAAUCUUCAGUGACGACCGAUGCACAAAUAUCACACAACAGACCCCCAACUUCUGGAUAUUGGCUCGAGCCAUUAAAGAAUUCACAGCCGCUGAAAGCAACGGGAACUUACCUCUGCGAGGAACCAUUCCGGACAUGAUCGCCGACUCCGACAAGUUUAUAAAGCUACAGAAUGUGUAUCGGGAAAAGGCCAAGAAGGACGCAGCCACGGUGGAGCACUACGUCUCCAAACUCCUCCAGACAGUGGGCAGGCCUCCGGAAAGCAUAUCGGAAAAAGAAAUCCGUCUCUUCUGUAGAAAUUGCGCUUUCCUGCGAGUGGUGAGGGGCAGAUCUGUGUGUGAGGAGUACGGUCUGGACACGGCGAAGAAAGAUGACAUUGUGUCCUUUAUGGAGAAUCCCGACAAUGAGAUCGUCUUCUACCUCAUGCUGAGAGCGGUGGAUCGAUUCUACAAGCAGCACGGGAGAUACCCGGGCGUCCAGAACUUCCAGGUAGAGGGGGAUGGUGGGAAGCUGAAGACGUGUCUGAGCGGUCUCCUCCAGGAAUACGGAUUGUCUCUGUGUGUGAAGGAGGAAUAUAUCCAGGAAUUCUGCCGGUACGGAGCGGCCGAGCCGCACACCAUCGCUUCCUUCUUGGGAGGAGCUGCUGCCCAGGAAGCCAUAAAGAUCAUUACAAAGCAAUUUGUGAUAUUUAAUAACACCUUCAUCUACAACGCCAUGUCCCAGACCUCGGCCACCUUCCAGCUCUGACACCUUCACCGCCAUGUCCCAGACCUCGGCCACCUUCCAGCUCUGACACCUUCACCGCCAUGUCCCAGACCUCAGCCACCUUCCAGCUCUAACACCUUCAUCUACAACGCCAUGUCCCAGACCUCGGCCACCUUCCAGCUCUGACACCUUCACCGCCAUGUCCCAGACCUCGGCCACCUUCCAGCACUGACACCUUCACCGCCAUGUCCCAGACCUCAGCCACCUUCCAGCUCUAACACCUUCAUCUACAACGCCAUGUCCCAGACCUCGGCCACCUUCACCGCCAUGUCCCAGACCUUGGCCAUCUUCAUCUACAACGCCAUGUCCCAGACCUCGGCCACCUUCAUCUACAACGCCAUGUCCCAGACCUCGGCCACCUUCACCGCCAUGUCCUAGACCUCAGCCACCUUCCAGCUCUAACACCUUCACCGCCAUGUCCCAGACCUCCGCCACCUUCCAGCUCUAACACCUUCAUCUAAAACGCCAUGUCCCAGACCUCCGCCACCUUCCAGCUCUGACACCUUCACCACCAUGUCCCAGACCUCGGCCACCUUCCAGCUCUGACACCUACAAAGCCAUGUCCCAGACCUCCGCCACUUUCCAGCUCUGACACCUUCAUCUACAACGCCAUGUCCCAGACCUCGGCCACCUUCAUCUACGACGCCAUGUCCCAGACCUCGGCCACCUUCAUCUACGACGCCAUGUCCCAGACCUCGGCCACCUUCAUCUACGACGCCAUGUCCCAGACCUCGGCCACCUUCAUCUACGACGCCAUGUCCCAGACCUCCGCCACCUUCCAGCUCU